AUCAGAUUUCAGUGUUUUCCUAUCCAUUUUCCAAUAAAGCCCCAUGUUAUUGCUGAGCUCGAGGGUUUUAAGGAUUCAGUCUCUCUUGUUUUUUUACUUACAGGUCUCUGUUCUUUGCUUUCUCUGCAAAACCCCCCGCCGAAAGCCGCUCCUGAGUCAGCAGAGAAGAGGAAACGAGAGAGCAGUUCAGCUGUGUUUACUGGCCUGGUCAAACGUGAUGAUGGCUUCGCUCGGACGCAGGAGUUGCGCACAGAUGCGGGAGUCUUCUACAUCACCCUGGCAACCGGGACUGGGAUCCGCAUGGGGUCUCCCGCAGGGGCCGAUCUGGGAUCCAGCGCUCAGUCACGCUGUGCGUUCAGCGACAGACGAGCUGAAGCAGGUGUACAUCUACACAUAGAGACGGCUGCGGACGUCCGUCUGCUGGGAGAGAGGUCUGAAAUGAAAAACGUCACUGGUCCCUUUGGGGCGACCCGACCUCAGUGGGUCUCCUGGCUGCGGCUCUUGUUUUUGAUGUUCUUCUGGACCUGUUUAAAAGCGCAGCAGUUAAAAAACACUAGAUGGCCGCUAUACUCUGGCAAGCCAUUGCUGUUGGCCUGGAACGCUCCCACAGAAGACUGUCGGCCGCGGCACGACGUCACCUUCCAGCUGGAUCAGUUCCAGAUAGUGGCGUCGCCAAACGAGGGGUUCACCAAGCAAAAUCUCACCAUCUUCUAUCAGGACCGUUUGGGUUUGUACCCGUAUUUCCUGCCAGACGGCACUGCGGUCAACGGUGGCCUCCCGCAGGUCGCCAGCCUCACGCAACACCUAGAGCAGAUGCCGGAAGGGCUCAAGAAGUACAUCAAGGAUGCGACAGUGAAAGGUCUCGCUGUGAUCGACUGGGAAGAGUGGCGGCCCCUCUGGAUACGUAACUGGGGCACCAAAGACAUUUACCGCGACCGUUCGCGCCGUUUAGUCGCAGAGAAAAACCCAACUAAGCCUCAAGAUCAGGUGGCUAAAUUGGCCCAGCAAGAGUUCGAGCUUUCAGCACGCAAGUUCAUGCUGGAGACGCUUCGAUUGGCCAAGAGCUUACGGCCCAAUCAGCUUUGGGGCUUCUAUCUCUUUCCAGAUUGUUACAAUCACAAUUACAAAAAUUCGAGCUACACGGGACACUGUCCGGACUUGGAGGUGAAAAGGAAUAACGAACUGCAGUGGCUGUGGACGGAGAGUACGGCUCUGUAUCCUUCCAUAUACAUGGCCAAGGUGCUGAAGGAUCAACUGGCCGGACGCCAGUUCGUACGCAACCGCGUCCAGGAGGGCAUGAGGUUGGCGUCUGUUGGGAACGGGUCGGCCAGGCCUGUGUUUAUGUACACGCGGCCCACUUAUCAGAACACUCCUCCGGCUUCUAACGGAAACCUUCCUGAACUCCUGCUGAUGACAGAGACGGAUCUGGUGUCCACCAUCGGAGAGAGCGUGGCGCUGGGUGUAGCGGGCAUCAUCCUCUGGGGCGACUCCAACUACGCCAGCAGUCACGCGGCUUGUUCCAGUCUGAACGAAUACCUGCGAGGGCCGCUGGGUCGCUACCUGCUGAACGUGACCUCGGCCGCCGAGCAGUGCAGCAGAAACCUCUGUGGCUUCCGCGGCCGCUGCCUUCGCAAACGGCCCGACACGGACACGUACCUGCACCUCAGCGCCAACACCCACAGCAUAGAGCGGCAGGGGAACGCGCUGAAGGUCUCGGGCCAGAUGGGCGAGGAAGAGCUAGGCCGCGUGCGCGACGACUUUCAGUGCCAGUGCUACAACGGCUACGCGGGCGACGACUGCAGCCAGAGGGACGCCGGGAACAGAGCCGCGCUCGUCUGGACCACGCUUCUGCAGGCCAUGCUGCUGCCGCUGCUCUUCACGGCCUUCCUGCACUGAGGGGCUCCGGGGCUUCUCGUUUUAAAAAAAUGCGCGACGUCGGUGACGGGAGGGACUUUUGUGUUCGCUAGAAUUUGAACGGAGAGGGAUCGUUUGAAUGCGCGCGCUCACUCUGUGGACCGGACGAGCAGCACGGCGGCGUCUCGGUGUGUUUUGGGUUCGAGUGCAUUGCCCCCUGCUGCACGGGAGGAUGAACUGAGACGACUGGAAUUGAGUUUUUUUUUUUUUUUUUAUGCUUUGUGCGAUUGAAAUUUUGUCUGGUCUGUGUGCAUUUUUUACGAAAGGUAAUUGAUGUGGUUGUUUCUGCUGUCGUCCGAGUCCUUAUUUUAUUAUAUCUUUGCUGCCUUUAUACCUGCGUGAAACCGGUUGUGACCUUAUUUGGGCGGUGUGUCACGUGACCAGCUUCUUAAAGGGACACGGUUUUUUUACUUGCAACGCUGCUGCCUCAUUAAAGCCUCGCCUCGAUUGAAACUUAUCGCAUCUCGCUCCCAAAUUAAAAGAAUUUAGCAUGAAAUAUUUUGCAUGAGGAAAAUGGAGCCUAUCGUAAGAUCAUAAAAAAAUUGCAUCAUUUUUUUAUUUCGUCAUAUUUUUCUCACAGAAAUGAAUAAUUUAUUUUAUCUUUUACGGUAAAAAGAAAAUCAUAAUGAUUUGUAAAUUUACAUUUAUAUUAAAGCCGGUACAGAAAAAUAACUCCAAUAUAAAUUAUUAUACUGCAAAUUAUUCACAAUAAAUCAGUAAUAUUUAAUAUGCUUGAAACCUGUUUUCCGUGACACAUUUUACACCCCUCCAAAAAAAAAAAAAGACACAUUUUUUUUUCAAAUGUUUCUUGAGAAAAAUUAAGGAUUUUUUUUUUUUUUUUUUUUUUUACUAUUUCAAUUACUUUCAUAAAUUAUGCUACCAGAAAUUGUCGUAAUGCAUUAAAUGUUUUUUGAUUAAAAUGUUUUUCUAAUUAAACUAAUUCAUUAAUUACAGUAACAAAAAGAAAACCAUAAUGAUUUAAAUGAAGUCAUGCUAAUAAUUUCAAUUCAAUAAUGCUACAGUGACAAUUUAAAUGAUGUACAAUAAUAUCUAAUCAAUAAGAUAAUAUUGUAUUAUACUAUAAAUGUGUUUAAUAAUAUUAACAUUUAAAAUUAGAAUUUUGAAUUCAUCUUUACAGUAUUAAGGAUAAUGUCUUAUAAAUAGGUUCCUUUAUGCAACAAUAUGUCGCUAUUUUCCUUUAAUUUGGGGUGAAAUGUGAUUUCAGACACGUUCUUAGACCACUGCUGGAUAGUGAGGAAUUUUUGAAAGUCUAUUAAAACAUGAAUGUAAAUGUUAAAUCAAACAAAUAUGCCUUUUCCAUUUUUUCCUGCCUAGGUUGCACAAAUCCGUUUUGAGGCAGGGUUUCCCCCUUUAAUCGCUGAACUUUGCGUUUCUGCUCUUUAUUUGCGCGGGAUUAACCGAAAAGGCUUUGUGUUUCCAGUUUGUGUCAUUACAGUAAAAAAAAAAAGACUGUUUUUGUCAUUGUAGUGCCUUUUUAAAGGCACGGUUCACCUAAAAACGAAAACGCCGUCGUUUAUGAAAUGAUGCUUUCGAUGCUGUUUGACUGCGUUCUCGUCUGGACGGCGAAUCAAACAUUGAUAGAAAUGUGGUAUUAGGGUGAACGGUCUCUUUAACUGAUCCCGUGUUGACCCUCACAAGUGCAACGUUAAACCCAAAAAACUUUCAUACUAAGAGUUUUGAUACCGAACUGUGCUUGUUUUGUCCGGAUUCGUAGCUAGAAUGGUUACCUUUCUGGUCGAGUGAAUUCUUCUGAAAGUGUUUCGUUUUAUAUUUUUACAAUAAAUUUCAUAUUUAAAAGCCA